AUGCCCGAAUACCGCCACGUCCGGAGCGGCAGCCUGAACAUCCCGAAUGGCGCUGCCUCAAACACCUCGUCCUCCAUGAUGCCGCGAAGCCCUCCGAAUACCUCUCACGUCCCGUGCAAGUUCUUUCGCCAAGGUGCCUGUCAAGCUGGCAAUGCCUGCCCCUUCAGCCACGACCUCGGAGCCGCAGCCGAAAACAUCUGCAAGUACUUUGCCAAGGGCAACUGCAAGUUCGGUCCCAAGUGCGCAAACAUCCACGUCUUACCCGACGGUCGACGAAUAAACUAUGGUAAAACUGGUGUCACCAUAGCUACAGCUCCCAUCGGCCUUGCCGGUCGGCCCUCGCCCAACCCUGCGUCCCCGAAUUCUGGGACCUCAACCGGUUAUCACCAGUCGUCUGCCAGUGCCCUGACAACCUCGCUCUACAGCGCCGAGCAGUCUCCAUGGGAUGACCGCCAGAUUGCCAACCCUGCUAGCCACCCGGGACACCAACCCAGUCUCGACAAUGGCAUUCCCUCCAUCGACUCUCCGUAUGGCCACUCCAACUACGGCUCACCUCGCGAGGAUGAUCCCACUCGCCUUGGCUUUGGGCUGUCCCCUGCAAAUGGCAAAGGACUAUCCAUCCUCGAUGCUCCCCUGCCCGCCUCUUUCGACUCCAAUGGCAUCUCCAACGCCGCCCGCUUCCCCGCCGCGCCGUGGCCGUCAUCUGUGCCCUCAAAGUUCGGCCUCGAGUCCCCCACAGCCUCGCUUAGCAAUGCCAAAGACUCGCGAACCUCGGAGACGCUGAAGCUACUGCACACCUCGGCCUUCGGCUCGUCGGAGCACUUGAACCCAACCGCCAGUAGUCCGCCCAACUCUCAGUCUGCUAUUGGCGAUGAGUAUUUCGGCAAGCGAGCCAUGCACUCGUCUAGAUAUGCCAAACCCCGCAUGCUUAGUUCCAGCAUGCCCAAGGCAUCGUCAGUGGACCGUGACUGGGAGGCCGAGUUUGCCUUUGACGAUGACAAUUUACCCGAAAACUACGUUCCCGAGAACCUGCAAGAACUCUUGACGCCUGCUGAAAAGGCCAGGCGAGGCUCUAGCUCCAUGCGCGAUGAACACGCCAUCGAGGCUCUCAAGUACGGUAGCCCAAUGGGUACCAGCCCAAGCCGCUGGGGAUCGCUGUUCCAGCGCCAAAAGGAGGAGGAAGACGCAGCCAGGGCAGCACGCAAUGUUGGCUCAGCUUUUGGCCAUGUGGGCAGCCCUUUGAGAAGGUCCACCUUGGCCCAGGAAAUAGGUGACGACUACAAGAGCCCAGGGACAUCCGGCCGUCUGUCCGCGGGCCGCUCUACGAGCGAGUCCAUGUCAGUUCUCUCACAACAACUGCAGCGCAGCCGAUUGGACGACGCCAUCAGCGGCUCGAGUUCCAGCCCUCACCUGCAUCCUACUACCGCACGACUGCCAUCCAGUAGUCUUGCGCCGAUUGGCAAAGAUCGGGCCAUGGAGCGCCAUGUGUCUAGCGGAAGCAUCAGCUCGUCCGUCACUGGUCGCUUCACUACUCCGAUUGACGAGGAGGACCCAGCAUUCGUCUUCAGCAUGGAAGAGGAAGAUGACGCACCUACAGCGAGGAUGCGCAAGCGAAUAUCUGCCGGCCUGAGUAUGGGUCCAUUGGGCAGCUAUGCCAGCGCAGUGGCAGGCAAGAACCAAUCCAACAGCAGUUCCAAGGAGAACAGAGAUUCAGUGCCGGUCAACGGACGCUGA